CCGGCUCCCAGGCUCCCGGCUCCCGGCUCCCGGCGCCGAGCCCCUCUGCUCCACGCUCAGCCCAGGCGGGUGGGUGUCAGGACGCCCGAAGCAGUGUCGUGGGCUCCGCUCCCGAUCUGCAGCCCGGCGGAGCCUGGAGGCCGCUUGGAUGGAGCCGCCGCUCCCGGCCGGAGCUCAGCCUCUUGCUAUUGUGGAGGGGUUGGAGAUGAAGGGUCCUCUCCGGGAGCCCUGCGCCCUGACCCUAGCCCAGAGAAACGGACAAUAUGAGUUAAUAAUCCAGUUGCAUGGAAAGGAACACCCUGUUCAGGAUGUCAUUCCUAUAAAUAGUCACUUCAGAUGUGUUCAAGAAGCAGAAGAAACUCUAUUGAUUGACAUUGCUUCAAACAAUGGCUGCAAAAUUCGGGUUCAAGGAGACUGGACCAGAGAACGCCGCUUUGAAAUUCCUGAUGAGGAACACUGUUUAAAGUUCCUCUCAGAAGUCCUUGCUGCUCAGGAAGCUCAGACACAAUUUCUUGUUCCAGAGCAAAAAGACUCAUCCAACUGGUACCAGAAAUUAGACACUAAGGAAAAGCCUUAUUCAGGGCUUCUGGGAUUUGAGGAUAAUUUUUCAUCUAUGAAUUUGGACAAGAAAAUGAAUUCACAAAAUCACCCCACAGGGAUCCUUCGGGAGCCUCCACCCCCGCCUUCAUCAGUGAAUAGAAUGCUCCCACGUGAGAAAGAAGCUUCAAACAAGGAACAGCCUAAAGUGACCAACACCAUGCGGAAGCUCUUUGUACCAAACUCCCAGUCUGUGAAAAGAGAGGGUAUCAUCAAGCAUAUCCUGGCAAAGCGAGAGAAAGAAUAUGUCAACAUUCAGUCUUUCAGAUUUUUUGUUGGAACUUGGAACGUGAAUGGCCAAUCCCCAGAUAGUGGAUUAGAACCUUGGCUGAAUUGUGAUACAAAUCCUCCUGACAUCUACUGCAUUGGAUUCCAAGAGCUAGACUUGAGCACAGAAGCCUUUUUCUACUUUGAAUCUGUGAAAGAACAAGAAUGGUCAAUGGCUGUGGAGCGGGGUUUGCCUUCUAAAGCCAAGUAUAAAAAAGUUCAACUAGUCCGCCUGGUUGGGAUGAUGCUUCUUAUAUUUGUCAGAAAAGAUCAGUGUCGUUAUAUUCGUGAUGUUGCUACAGAAACAGUUGGAACUGGGAUUAUGGGGAAAAUGGGGAACAAAGGUGGGGUAGCCGUGAGAUUUGUAUUUCAUAACACUACUUUCUGCAUUGUCAAUUCCCACUUGGCUGCCCAUGUGGAAGAGUUUGAAAGGAGAAAUCAAGAUUAUAAGGACAUCUGUGCAAGAAUGAGUUUUGUGGUCCCCAAUCAGACAAUCCCACAACUGAACAUCAUGAAACAUGACGUUGUCAUUUGGUUGGGAGACUUGAACUAUAGACUAUGCAUGCCUGAUGCCAAUGAAGUGAAAAGUCUUAUUAUUAAGAAUGACCUUCAGAAACUCUUAAAAUUUGACCAGUUAAACAUCCAACGUACACAAAAAAAAGCUUUUGUUGACUUCAAUGAAGGGGAAAUCAAGUUUAUUCCCACUUAUAAGUAUGACUCUAAAACUGACCGAUGGGAUUCCAGUGGAAAAUGCCGGGUUCCAGCCUGGUGUGACCGAAUUCUUUGGAGAGGAACAAAUAUUAAUCAGCUUCAUUACCGGAGUCACAUGGAGCUGAAAACCAGUGAUCACAAGCCUGUUAGCGCCCUCUUCCAUAUUGGGGUAAAGGUUGUGGAUGAACGAAGGUAUCGGAAAGUCUUUGAAGAUAUUGUACGCAUUAUGGACAGAAUGGAAAAUGAUUUCCUUCCUUCUUUAGCACUCAGUAGGAGGGAGUUUGUGUUUGAGAAUGUGAAGUUUCGGCAGCUGCAAAAGGAGAAGUUCAAGAUCAGCAACAAUGGACAGGUUCCCUGCCAUUUUUCUUUCAUCCCUAAACUUAAUGACAGCCAAUACUGCAAGCCAUGGCUUCGAGCUGAACCUUUUGAGGGCUUCUUGGAGCCAAAUGAAACAGUGGACAUUUCUCUUGAUGUGUAUGUCAGCAAGGAUUCUGUGACCAUACUGAACUCAGGGGAAGAUAAGAUUGAAGAUAUUCUUGUCCUUCAUCUGGAUCGAGGCAAAGAUUACUUCUUGACCAUCAGUGGGAAUUACCUCCCAAGUUGCUUUGGUACCUCCUUAGAGGCUCUGUGCAGAAUGAAAAGACCAAUCCGAGAAGUCCCUGUCACCAAACUCAUAGACUUGGAAGAAGACAGCUUCCUAGAAAAGGAGAAAUCCCUUCUGCAGAUGGUUCCCUUAGAUGAAGGUACAACUGAGAGACCUCUUCGCGUCCCCAAGGAAAUCUGGCUUCUAGUAGACCAUUUAUUCAGACAUGCCUGUCACCAGGAGGACCUGUUCCAAACCCCCGGAAUGCAAGAUGAGUUACAGCAGAUCAUUGAUUGUCUGGAUACCAGUAUUCCUGAGACAAUCCCUGGCAGUAACCACUCUGUGGCAGAAGCACUGCUCAUUUUCCUGGAAGCCCUUCCAGAACCAGUCAUCUGUUACGAGCUGUAUCAGCGAUGUCUUGACUCUGCUCAUGAUCCUGGCAUCUGCCAGCAGGUAAUUUCCCAGCUCCCAAGAUGCCAUAGAAAUGUUUUCCGUUAUUUGAUGUCGUUCCUUCGAGAACUCUUAAAAUUCUCUGACUACAACAAUGUCAGCGCCAACAUGAUCGCUACCCUCUUCACUAGCCUUCUCCUAAGGCCUCCACCCAACCUCAUGGCAAGACAGACUUCAAACGACCGCCAGCGUGCCAGCCAGUUUCUUCUGGGCUUUCUGCUUGGGAACGAGGAAGACUAAGUCUUGUCCUAUCUAAGAUUCUAAAGGAGGAAGAUUUUGGGCUCCAAGUAGUUCUUUGGAAAAGUUACAAUAUAGGAAGGGUCUAUUGCAGAAUGUCCAGUUCUGUGGCGAAAGAGUUUCCUGAUCCAUCCUUCACCAUAUCCUACACAGCAAAAUACUUUUAGACAGAUAUUGCCAAGCCAAAGUUCCCAUCUUUUGGUGUCUUUGUGUUUUCUCUUUAGAAGGCAAAGUGGUCUGUAUCGACAGUCCUUUACCUAGGGAUGUGUUUUGUGCCCUGCUUCCCAAUUGUCAUGAUUGUCCUUAUACCCUGGACCUAGGUUCUGAGAUAUUUCCAUCCUAGGCCUACAAGCACUACUUGCUAUAGCUUAGACCUGUCUGGGGUCCUUUGUAUAAUGCACUUUGGAUCCACCCAGUCCACAUAUCACUUAUUUGCACUCCCCUCCACUCAUUCUAUCACUUUGAAGGAAGCCUGAGUAAAAGUAGUAACUCUUUUGGGUGUCUUCAACAGUGAACUCACUUUAUAUGUGUGAUUGUUACAUGCAUCUGUGCAUUUCUACUACAAUGAUGUCUAUGUGUCACUGUAACGUUGACCUUCUUGUGGAUCCACACUGGGUGGAAGCGUAUUCUCUUGUCUCAGAUCAUGUCAAGUAACAAUUUUAGGAACUACAGAGAUGGCAGAUGGCAUCCCACUGAUGUGAGAGAAUCACAGUUGAAAGGGAAGCCCUGGGAGUAUCUCAGGAGUGAGGAUCUUCAUGCUUGACGGAUCCUGCUUCCUCCUCUCCUUUUCCUAUCAAUAUCUACAUUUGACAGGAGGAUCAGUCGUGACUGUGAGGGGGCCCAUCUCCCACUAGAGAUCCACUUUGAGAGCCACACUUGCACCAUUGUCAAAAGGGAGUCUGUGCACCUCAAGGGAGCCCCCAUGGAGCUGUUGCUCCUCCCCUAGGGAGGGUCUUGAGAGUAAGGGUCAGAAGUUGCUCCUUCUCUCAGCAAAUCCACCUCUGGGCUCCACAUCUGGCAUCUUUGAGUAGAGGAUUUAGAGACUUCCCUUGGCUCCUAGUCACUACAUCCUGUGCUGUGUAAGAGAGACUGGCCAAUAGGCCCAGCCACACAUAUUACCUCUCCCACCUGAAACAACCCUCUGAACUGUUCAAUCAAGCUUUGUGGGACAGACUUUUUAAAUUAACCUUGACUGAUAAGCAAGCCACCAGCUACUGACUGUAAAACUGCCUGAUAAUAUUGGCUUGCUCCUGGUUUUCUUUCAUUGAAACCACCCCAAGUUGACUCACUCUUGUCUAUUAAUAUUGGAUGCAAGGAGUUUGUACAGGUACCAAAUACAGUCUUGGCCACUGAUAUUCCAUGGCUCUCCUAGCACAUCCAAGGAGAGGGCCGGCGGAACUACCCAUCUACCACUGAAUGGUUCUCCAGUUUCCCCAUCUCUUCAAAGUUGAGUUCUUUGGAGAACAAAAGGUAUGUAUCCUGAGAUGUACUGGUUUAAGUUAAGGAAAUAGGAGUCAAAUUCUUGGUUGCCAUAUUACCGAAGAUCCAAUAGGUCAGGAGCUGAGUGGUGAACUUGAUUAAUGGAAGUCAUAGAACAGAAGAGUGUUGUCAUAUCCAGUAGGCCAGAAAAUGAUCACAGAAAGGGCUCUGUGCAGCAUGCAUGCAGCGUCCUUCCUUUCUUGUCAGGUCAAAGCACCAAGUUGGUUUACUGCCUUGACCUUUUUUUCCAGCUCAAUCUGAGAUGGAGGUGUGUGUGUGUGUGUAUACAUAUUAUGUGUGUGUAGUAUACACACACACACACACACACAUAUACAUGCAUACAUACAUAUGGUUGAGGGUUUUAGACAAUCUCUAGGGAGGGGAGACAAGACAUAGAUCAGGCGUACAAAAUCUACUUCCCUACCUUACCUAUCCUAGCACCUCAACCUGUAAUUCCUAAUUUCUCCAAGGUACUAUUUAAUACUUCCUCAGAAUUAAGGGUUUUAGAUCGAACUGAUAGGGAAGGACACUGCACCUGGUGUUUUAAGGAAAAAAUGGUUCGAAUCUAUGGGGUGACAUUGCAUUAGUCCCCCUUUCACUGUUUUCAUAUUCUUAAUUUGUAAUUCUUUGUCAUAUUUCCCAAAAAUGUCUUGUUCACUAAGCAAAGCUGCUAGUGGGAUUCUGUAUUUUGUGUCAUCUUUUUUAUUAUAAUUUAUUGCAAAUUUUUUUCUGAAUAAAUAUAUGUUGU